AUGUUGACUACAGAUAUAAGAUCGAGCUUUCUAAUAUGUGUUGUCUGCUUGAUGACUGUUGUGUUUGCCUUCUCAGCUCAAGAAGUUGAAAUAUUCAAAUUACAAAAUGAAAUAGCCAAAAGAUAUGGUGAAACUAUAGACUUUUACAAGCUAUUGAAGAUCACAAACAAGGCUACUAGUCGUGAAAUUACCAAGAAUCUUAGAAAGCUAUCAAAGAAGUACCAUCCUGAUAAAAACCCCAAAUAUAGAAAGUUAUACGAACGUCUCAAUCUAGCUACUCAGAUUCUAGCUGAUGAUACACGUAGGAAGACCUACGAUUACUAUUUGAAAAAUGGAUUCCCAGAUUAUGACUUUAGUAAAGGUGGGUUUUUCUUCAACAGGGUGCAGCCAAAGACGUGGAUAAUCUUGUCAUUUGUUUAUGUUGCUAUCAGUGUUAUUCACUAUAUUAUCUUAAGACUGCAAUAUAAGUCAGACGUUAGACGUAUCCAAUUCUUCAUUAACCAGUGCAAAGAUCAGGACGAUACCAGCGGUUUGGGCGAAAAAAGACUGUCUUUCAAACAGCAUGAGGAAGAUGAAGCUAAAGAACUGAUUGUUAGGUUUGGUGAUGUUUAUAUCAUUGAAGAAGACGGUAAGACGGAGACGUUGAUUUCACCUGACACAAUCAGCACCCCAACAAUUUUUGACAGUGCCUUCUUCAGGUUGCCAGGCUGGUUUUAUAACAAAACCAUUGGUAAAUUCUUCGACAGAUCUUUACAGAAGGAUGGCAAGAAAUUAGGUACUAAGAAGGAUAAUUAG